AUGUCGAAUUCGCCUCGUCGUUCACCACGAAAGAAUAAAAGAAGGGCUAGCACCUCUUUUUUAUUCUCAAAGUCUACCUCGAAACUUGAGAGUGAAGAAGAGCUACAGGAGGUGUUAAAGAAAAGGGAACAACGAAGAUACACCAUAGCACCUGCCAAAAGUAUUCUUAAAACUUCGACAAACUCGGAAAACACGCUAACCUUGGAUCUUACUCAAGGAAGCAACACUACUUCAAAAAGUACUCUCAAAACUUCAGCUGACGCAGAAAACACUGUAACGCUGGAUUUCACCCAAGGAGGAACACCGAGAAGAAAAUCUUUGGGCCGAAGAGUUAGCUUUGCUGCAACAGCUCAAGUUAGACUCUUUGAAAAAGUUACUCCUGAAUCUAAUCCCAAUCCUGAAGCACCUUCGUAUAUAUCAGGAGAUUCUGAUGGAUCAUCUUCAGAAAUCAUGAAUUCUACCCUUUUAGAUAAUGUCGGACUUUUGCCCCGUAUUACAAACGAUAAUUUAUUUGCGAAUUUGCAGGUGCAGGAUAAUGAUCAGGGGAAAAAUGAUCUUGAUAAAGAUAGUCAUGAAGAUUCAGAUAUGAGCUUUGAUGACUUUAAUAAUAUGGACAAUGAAGAUUCUGACAUGGACAUUGACGAAUCUGACAUAGACAUUGACGAAUCUGACAUGGACAUUGACGAAUCUGACGUGAACAUUGGCGAAUCUGACGUGAACAUUGACGAAUCUGACGUGAACAUUGAUGAAUCUGAUGUGAAAAUUGAUGAAUCUGAUGUGAACAUUGAUGAAUCUGAUGUGAACAUUGAUGAAUCUGAUGUGAACAUUGAUGAAUCUGAAGUUCAAUUAAAUGCUAUUAGAGAGUCUAAUGACUCCUUGUUACUAUUAAAUGCUAUUAAAGAGUUUUAUGAAAAAUUUGAGGUUUUCUUUAUGGAUCAAUCUUCUAUACCAAUGCGAAGGCAGACUAUAAUUCCAGAUUUCGGCGAAGAACCCAAAUUAGCCGAUUAUGUUAACGCAGUCGCGGUUAUUCAUCCACAAAUGGAAAUGUAUGAAUCUAAUUCAGUAUUUUUCAUGGAACAAGAUAGAAGUCUACGAACAAAGAUUUCUAAAACUGAAUCGAAUGAGGAUCAUCAACAUCUGUUGCAGCAAUAUUUAGACACAACCCCUGACGUUAAGGAAUUGAUAAAACCUCGGUUCCGAAUUAUCAAAAAAUAUUGUAGAUUGGCUGCGAAAAAAGAAUGGCAUGAUUUACGUGAAACUCAAUUGGAGGAUUUGAGAAAGCGACUGGAAGAUAAUUUGUUAACAUUGGAAAAGGACAAGGAAAAAGCGGAGAGCUCCUCGAAAAUAAUAAGUGAAUUAUUACCAAAAUUGAGAAACUAUCGUCAAGAAUUAGCAAAUAAGCUAGCCGUUGCUCAGGCAAGGCAGAGCGAGAUUGAAAAAUGUGAUCAAGAACAAUUAAUGAAUAUGGUAGAGGCCGUGGAGGAACAGAACACGCAAAUUAGCAAGUUUCAAAAUGACUUGAAAAGAGUAAUUGCGGACCGGGACAUAAUUCAGCAAAAGAUAAAUGACUUGAAAAUAGAAAUGGAACGAUCUCGUGAGAAAAUAGAAAAGGCAAAAUACACAGUUAACGAGGAUAAGAUUUACACAAAGGAAGAUAUAAAAAAGGCUCGAGAUUAUUAUUAUCGACUUCAAGAACAGUAUUCAUGGAGACCAUUAACUAUUUCUCCCCAAACUAUUGAAAUGGUCUAUGACAAUCAUCUAUAUGUGAGAUUAGACAUGGAAUCUAUUAUAUGGAACGAAGAGGGAGGAGAAAUGAUGGAUGAACAAAAAGGGAAUGAAUCGGGAAAUCACGAAGAAUCAGUGGUUCUUGAAUUGCGUCUUGAAUCACAAGGAAUUAAGAAAUCAAGAGAACUUGAAUAUUACGAAAUAAUAUUGCGGUGUCUUCAAUCUACAACUCCAAAGUAUUCAUCUCAGAUUAAAGUUGGAAAGAUACGCGAGAUUUUUCGUGGCAUCUCGGCCUUUUGGAAAAAAGCAAAGCUUUUUUACCCUGAGAUCGAACUAUUGAAACGCAAAUUCGCCACUGAGAUAUUAGCCAUCAGAGACGAGAACACCGAACAGAUAUCUUUAUGCCUACGUUCCUCUUUUUUCAUCAAGCCAACAAAAUUUUUUUUAAAUUUCGUAUUCAAGUAUCAAGAUAUUCUUUCUUUGCCCGAAUUGCAUCAGCUUCGAUGGAAAUUGGAAUUGGAAUAUGGGGAUUUUAACGACGAAAUUCAAGUUGAAAUAUCAAAUGUCAUUCGACAAAAGUUUGAAAAUGGUGGUCCUAAAGCAUUGAGGGGAGCAUGUGACGAUAUAUUAAAGUUAUUCAAAUGA